GUCGAAUUGUGACCAAAGCUUGGUAUUAUGGAGGAAGACAAGAACACGGCUACGACCCUACCGCCGCCUGUGGCCAUGACGAGCAGCGGGCGGAAGGGUCAGCUCUUCAAGGCCAACUCGCGCAAACUGCAGAGCUGCACCGGGCUGCCGUCGGACGAGCCGCUGCUGGCAGGCGAGGUGCUGCGCAAGGUAGACCGCGGCGGCAAGGUGGCAUCGCGCAAAUACUACGUCUCGGAGGACCUCUUUAGCUUGAAGUGGGAGUCCAAAGGGUCCCUCGCCAAGCUCACGGACGCACUCUUCCGGAGUUCGUGCACGAUCGACAUGCCCACGAUCCAGCGCAUCCAGCCCGGCGUCACGACCGCGCGCCUCCACAAGAUGGACGCCAAGCAGGCGCUAUCGCGCGACCUCUGCUUCUCGAUCGUGCUCGCGUCGGGCAAGUGCAUCGACAUUUUGUGCACAGACGCCGGCCAGUACAGCCGCUGGUUCCACGGACUGCGGUCACUCAUCGAGCGCCAGCGACUUGCCCGGGCGCAGGACCCGGAGCGGGCCUUCUUGUACCAGCAAUGGAUCCACGCCGACGCCAACCGCGACGGUAUGCUCAGCCGCGCCGAAGUGCUCAAGGUUGCGCACCGCCUCAAUCACGCUAGCGCCGCCAAGCAGACGAUGCUGGCGUCAUUUGCGACCGCCGAUGCGGACGCCGACGGCGAGCUCGACUUUGACGAGUACUGCACGUUCAUGAACACCGUGCGGCACCGAAGCGAGAUCGACAGCCUUCGCGACCUCUACGCUCCCGAGGGGUGGACCGAGGAGGUCUGGAAGACGUUUUUGACGGACCAAGGCCACGGCGCCGCGACGAUACCGCUGCUCGUUGCUAAAUAUGCAGCGUUAGCUCCGUACGAAGGGCUACGUCGGUACCUCUCCAGUCCGGGCAAUGCGUGGUCCAAACCCGAGAUGAUGGAGCUGCACCAAGACAUGACCCAGCCCCUUGCGCACUACUGGAUCGCAUCGUCGCACAACACGUACUUGGAAGGGGACCAGCUCCAGAGCUCGUCGUCCGUGCACAUGUACAUUUCGGCUCUUUUGCAGAGCUGCCGCUGCGUCGAGAUAGACACGUGGGACGGCGAUGAUGGCGAGCCGAUUGUGUACCACGGCCACACGCUCACGACCAAAAUCAAGUUUGUCGACGUCAUCGAGGCCAUUCACGCCCACGCCUUUGAGACGUCGCCCUUCCCCGUCAUCUUGUCGCUCGAGAAUCACUGCGGAGAGCCGCAGCAAGUCAAGAUGGCAGCCAUCAUGGUCCGCGUGUUUGGCGACGCCCUCUACUCCACCGCGCCGAGUGAAGACGUUUUGCCGUCGCCCUACGCGCUGCGCCGCAAGAUCCUGCUCAAGGGCAAAGGCAGAGUGGCCAAAGCCGACGCCGACGCCGUGUCCGACUCGGACUCGGACGACGCCGCCGACAAGGCCAAGCAGCCGCCGUCGAAAAAGUCGAGCGUCGCUGCGGAGCUCGACGCGAUCCUCUUCUUCAAGGGCACGCACUUUCACUCGUUUGGCGAGUGCGGCAGCUGGCGCGCCCCCCAAAUGUCGUCCUUUGGCGAAGCCAAAGUGAAAAAACUAUCGGCCACGAACGACGCCAAGCUCCAGUUCCGGCAGCUGAACGCGCGUCACGUCUCGCGCAUGUACCCCUCGGGCGUCCGCAUCGACUCGUCCAACUACAACCCGAUGCUCGGGUGGAGCGCUGGCAUGCAGCUCGUGGCGCUCAACUACCAGACCGCCGAUCUGCCCAUGUACAUGAACCACGGGCUAUUCUCGCAGAACGGCAAGGCCGGGUACGUCCUCAAACCCGACUCGAUGCGACAGCACGUGGGCACGUUCGGUCGCGAUAUCCUCGCCAUCACUGUCCGCGUUCUCAGCGGCCAGCACUUGCCCAAGCCGGCGGGCGCCAAGACAGGCGAGAUCAUUGACCCAUAUGUGGUGGUCGACGUCGUGAGCGAGUCGAGCUCGUUGCGCAAAACGACGGCCGCGAUCGACAACAAUGGCUUGAACCCAGUCUGGAAUGCCACCAUGACCUUUGAGGUCGGGUUAGAAGCCGCGCUGCACCUCGUGGUGCUGACCGUCAUGGAGAAGGACCUCGACUUUGACGACAUGAUUGGGUUUGCAGCGCUCCCGCUCUCGUCGAUCCGCGAAGGGUACCGCAACGUACCGCUCUACGCUGCGAACGGCAUGCGCACGGGGCCGUACGAGUUUGCGACGCUCUUUUGCCACUUUUCGCUCCUGCGACCAGCCACGUCAUAG